AUGCAGUGUUAUACGGAAUUGCUACCCCCUUCUGGGAUAUUUUCUGUGAUCCCUGUGGGCCCGCGAUCGCAAGACACCGAAGAUCGGGCGUCCACGAAGCUUUUUCUGGAGCAAGAGUACUCAUUGCCCGGGACUGUUACAGAUCUUCGCCGCGUCAAGAUCUUGAAUUCCAAAAGCGGCGGAGAAGCUGUCUUACUGGCGUUUCGCAAUGCCAAACUCAGUUUGAUCGAAUGGGACCCCGAACGCCAUGGCAUUUCUACCAUUUCCAUCCAUUACUACGAGCGGGAUGAUUUAACAUGUAGCCCAUGGGUCCCUGACCUGAGCAGCUGUGGCAGCAUUCUCGACGUGGAGCCUAGCAGUAGAUGCGCGGUCUUCAACUUUGGAAUCCGGAAUCUCGCCAUUAUUCCGUUCCAUCAGCCGGGAGAUGACCUGGUGAUGGAUGAUUACGACUCUGAUCUCGACGAACGGAAGCAUGUCGACCAGGAGACGACGAGAGAGAGUCCAGCAUACGCCACUCCAUAUGCUUCGUCUUUUGUCCUCCCCUUGACUGCAUUUGACCCUUCGAUUCUUCACCCUAUUAGCCUCGCCUUCUUGCAUGAAUAUAGGGAACCGACGUUUGGAAUCCUAUAUUCACAAGUCGCGACAUCCAAUGCACUUCUUCAUGAAAGAAAAGAUGUCGUUUUCUAUUCAGUUUUUACUCUGGACUUGGAGCAGCGCGCUUCUACGACAUUACUUUCGGUGGCUAGACUGCCCAGUGAUUUGUUCCACGUGGUGGCUCUUCCGCCGCCUGUCGGUGGCUCCCUACUCAUAGGAUCCAACGAACUAGUGCAUGUCGACCAAGCGGGGAAGACUAAUGCUGUGGGCGUUAAUGAAUUUUCCAGACAAGUGUCGGCAUUCUCCAUGACGGACCAGUCAGAUCUCGCGCUGCGCCUUGAAGGUUGCCGCGUUGAACGUCUUGCCGAUAACAGCGGUGAUAUGAUCUUGAUCUUGUCUACAGGCAACAUGGUUCUUAUCAAGUUCAAGCUGGACGGCAGGUCCGUGUCUGGUAUUUCAGUCCACCCGGUGCCCGUUCAUGCGGGUGGUGAUCUUAUGAAAUCGGCAGCUUCUUCAUCUGCAUUUCUAGGGAAUGGGGAGGUCUUCCUAGGCAGUGAGGAUGCGGAUUCUCUACUCUUGGGCUGGUCCGAUCUGUCGUCAGGCACAAAGAGACUUCGUUCGCAUAAAAACGAUGCGAACGACUCUGGCGACGUUUCCGAUGAUAACAUGAGCGACGAUGAUGUCUACGAAGAUGAUCUCUAUUCUACAUCCCCAGAUGCAACUGCAGACGGUCGCCGGGUAUCUGCAGACCCAUCAUCCUUUGGUCUGUACAAUUUCCGAAUCAACGACAGGCUUCUCAACAUCGCCCCCUUGAGAGAUAUCACCCUGGGAAAGCCAUCUACAUUCGACAAGGAUCGGAAGGACAACGUAUCGGCUGAGUUGGAGUUGGUAGCUUCCCAAGGGUCAGACCGCAACGGUGGAUUGAUAGCUAUGAGACGUGAGAUCGACCCAGAGGUAUUGGCUUCUUUCACAAUCGACUCGGCCAACUGCGUCUGGACCGCGUGUGUAGAGUCGUCGGGAGGAAAAGACAGCCAUCAAUAUGUCAUUGUAUCGAAACAAACGAACAUCGAUAAAGAAGAGACGGAGAUAUUCCGCGUGGAUGGCCUUGACUUGAAACCGAUCAAGGCACCGGAAGUCAACCCGAAUGAGGAGGUUACGAUCGAUGUUGGAACGCUGGCGAAACAAAGUAGGGUGGUUCAAGUCCUGAAGAAUGAAGUCCGAUGUUACGAUGCCGACCUUGGACUGGCCCAAAUCUACCCCGUAUGGGAUGAAGAUACCAGCGACGAACACCCGGCUGUUAGCGCUAGUGUGACAGACCCUUAUGUCGCUAUUCUUCGAGAUGACUCUACGCUGUUACUUCUCCACGUGGACGAUAGCGGCGAUGUUGAUGAAGUCGAGAUGCCUGACAAUAUGGCAGCUCAUAAGUGGCUCUCGUCUUGCUUAUACCUCGAUAAAACUGGGGUCUUUGCAUCCAACACGGAUACGAAAGGGUCGCGGCAGAACGAUAUGUUUUUGUUCUUACUUGGCCAGGAUUGCCGGUUAUUCAUUUACCGACUGCCGGACCUGCUGCUGGUUUCAACAAUUGAUGGCGUUGAUUGUUUACCACCACUUCUAUCGAGCGAACCGCCGAAACGAUCAACUACCCGCGAAACGCUGGCUGAGGUCGUCGUUGCGGAUCUUGGCGACACCUGGAGCAGUAUCCCUUAUUUGAUUGUGCGAACAAGAACUGACGAGAUCACCAUGUACAAACCAUUCGUUGCCACGAACGGCCUCUGCUUUGCCAAAAGAUUUAGCUCCGUCUUCAUGCCCGGAAUGUCGGCAGGCUUUGUCCUCAAGACAUCGGCUAGCUUGCCCCAUCUCAUGCGGAUGAGGGGAGCGCCCAUACAAUGCUUGGAUGCUUUCAACAGCCCCAGUGGAAACGGAUUUAUCUUCUUAGACUCGGAGAAUGCCCUGCGGAUGUGCCAAUUGCCUCGCGAGACGCACUUUGAUUACCAAUGGCCCAUGCGGAGGAUUCCCAUAGGAGAGCAAAUCGACCAUCUGGCCUACUCUGCGGCGGAAUGGAAGCUACCGGACGACGACGAGCUGCAUCCCGAAUGGCGCAACGAAGGUGUGCACAGUCCCAUCUCCAUCUGA